AUGGAGUCUCCAGUACCUCCAGCCCAGCCCAUCAAUCCUUCGUCCUCUACAGUCUCCCAGAAUGCACCCACAUCAUCAACGGGCCCUCAAAUCAGAUCCAGAAUCACUGUAGUAUGCGCUGAGUGCAAGCGUUUAAAGCUCAAAUGCGAUAGAAGGGCUCCCUGUGGUAGUUGUACGAAGCGCGACACGGUUGUGAGGUGUAUUUAUUCGCCUGCCGCAGCGGAGAAAGUGGACUUGCAUUCUUUGAAUAAUCGACUUAUUCAAGUUGAAGCCAUUCUACAAAUGAUUACCAACGGGCAGCAACCGCCUGCUUUUCAAUCCGCAUAUCCAAUUGCUGGUUCAUAUACGCCGGGCCCAAGUCUCAGCAGUACAACUGCUUCUAAUGCAGCAAGCAAUGUCACGCCUGCAUUUAGUGCAAAUUCAACGUCUGUAUCUCAACAACCGUCGUCGCAGCACCAACAUCACCACCACUACGCUGCGCCACCAUCUACGACUCACGACUCACGACUCAUGCUUUCCCCACAGGAUGUAUCUAGUAUCUGGCUAGAAGACCUUGAUCUAGGUAUUCCACGAAUUUCUUCCACCGCCACUACGAACACCUCAUCGGCUUCGGAUUCGCGGACGAAUCCUAGUCCACCAUUACAUACGCAUCAUACAAACAACACGCUAACGGGCUCAAAUGUGGGCAACUUGGGCUAUAUCAAAUUGGAACCCUCGACCGUCGAUGUCGACUUUUCUUAUCCGCAGUCUAGCGACAGUAACCCCAACAUCAAUAAUAAUAGUGGUUUUGGGCGCUCGAUUGUCAUAGACAUUGAUUCGAAUGCUACCUCCCACAUUCAAUCUCGGUCCUCUACUCCUCCACUUGCCCAAAGGGCAAAUGUCGCCCACUUUCCGCAAUACCACCAGCCGCAGAACCAUGCCCGUGCCGGACCGUCCGGUUCAAAUACUACUUCUUCCUCAUUGUGCUCGUCGUCAGCUGCUGUUGCUGCACAUGCACAGCUACUCUUACCAGCACUGAGCAUCUACUACCCGGUACCAUCUAUACCACCUCCAGGCUCUUCUCCCUCUUCAUCCGCCGCGUUCCCGUUCCAACAGCCCGCGCAUACGUCACCGACAAACCAUUUCACAUCCUCCACCCCAAGCGCCGUCUCAAUUUCAAAUCAUACGGCUAGUUCCGCAACGACCGCGAACGCGUCAAAUUCAUCCGCAACCGCGUCGGUCAAUGGUUAUAUCUUCCCACCCACCCACAACACCCAACCUCAAAAUUCACACAGCAUUGCGCUUACGAACCCGCACUCGAAUCCCUCUCCCGUGCCCUCGUCACAAGCCCCAAGUACCAAGCCCCAAGUAACUCCGGCCCUACUCGCUCUUCUGCCGCCUCUAGAACAAUGCAAAUCUCUUCUCGACCGCGCAGGCGAAGUUUUCAAAGUGCGGCCUCUGCCGCUGCCGCUUCCACUUAGCUCCGAUUUAGAUCUGGACGGUGUUGACGAUGGACCGGAUAUAAACAUGGAUGCAUCGCGAAUCGGGAUGGAUGAGGCUGGAGCCUGGGACUGGGGUGGGAGGGGUGGAGAGAACCAGUGGACCGGCGACGAAGACGGGGACGAUGGUGGUGGUGGCGGUGCUAUGGCUGGAAGGCGCAAGGUUAAACAGCGAGAAAACAGCCGGCAAAUUCGAAGAGGUGGAACUGCAACUCAUGGCCUGCACUCUCCAGCAAAGGCCAUUGUGACCAGCUGGAAGGCGUUCGAAAAUCGAUGUAUCACUCUCCUCAGCGGACCCAGCUCUGGGCCGGCCUACCAAGCGCGAGUGAAACGUCGGCAGGAGAGGGAGCGUGAAAGAGAACGAGAGCGCGAGAGAGAAAGGAAGGAGCGCGAAAAGAAGGAGAAGGCAAAAGAGGCGCGGCGGGCGCGGCAAAUAUAUUUCGGGGGAAUUGUCGGACUGCAAGCUGGAGCCAACUCAACGUCGUCCUCGCAUGUGCAGGAUGCUGAGAUGGAAGAACUGAGCUCCAGUGGUACGAAUCGGGAUAAGGACGCCCCGUUGCAUCCCUCAUCGUCAUCGAUGGCCGCAGCAGAGGAAUCGGGUGACGAGGAGUCGUUGACCUUCUUUUCGACCAUGUGUGCUGUGCUCGCCAUUGGGGCAUUAGCGUCCACUUCAUCCUCAUCUUCCUCUAUAUCGUCGAGCUCCAGCUCGAACUUCGGAAGAAACUCCAGUCCAACGACAUCUGUCGCAACAGACAGCGCAGCAUUCUUCUACGCUCUCUCUCAGCAGGCCUUGACCGUCUGGGAAACUCAUCUUUCUUCCCCUUUGCCUUCGGACACCAAUAGGGAAGCAUUGGAUGCUUCUACGGAAAAGUCGGACGAGGUAGAGAAGGAACGAAUGCAAUCCGUUCUGGCCUGCAUUGUAGGCGUUGAAUACUUGCAGCUGCUAUCGUCCGCUUCCGUCUCCGGCAGGGGUAUUGGUAAAGAGGAUACGAGAGCGGAUGAUGGCGGGGCUGUUCAUGGUUUGGUCGGUAAAGCGAUCAAGGCAGCCCGUGCUAUUGGACUCGAAACGGAAAAAUUUUCCACCUCCAGCCUCAUUCGUAGGGUCGGGAAUUCUACGAGCAACACUCUGGGAACUAUCAGCUUGGGGCAUAACGUUUCAGGGCCAGGUAUUGGAAAGCGAAGAAAAGAAAAGGACGUCGUUGGGGCUGAGAGAGAGAAGACAAAAGAUUUCGAAGAGCGAGAACGGUCUGAAAGGAAAACUACCAGGGAGGAAUGGAGGAGGAUGUUACUCUGCCACGUUACCUUAUUGGACCUGUUUACAUCAGACGCUUCGGGUAUGCAACCACAUACGACAUCUUCCAAGGGUGCUUCUGCAAAGCUUCCUUUUUCUGGAUCUUUAUCUCUAGAUUCGAGUUCCGUUCUCCCGAACGUCCUCCACAUACACCACAAUGACGGCGAACAUGAGGAUAUCGAUGAAUUCACCAGUAGCAACCCGACUCAGCGGCCUCAUUGUCAUUCAACACAAUUCAGUGAUUCCGAUACUUCAGGUACAGAACAAUCUUACCUUGAUGCUCGCUACAGGCUGGCCCACAUCGCUCAGUCAAUCAAGGCACGAAUUAUGAGCCCUGAUUGCUGUUGUGGAUAUACGCUCGACCAAGCAACGUCGCUUCAGGACGACAUCAGGAGAUGGCAAUCGGGGUUGCCCCUAACUUUCAGACUUUCUUUUUCUUCUGCCUCGGAGGUUCCUGGAUCUCAGUCGAAUAUCCCGGCUCUUGGGGACGAAGAAAGACACAAACUCGUUCUCAAAAUGCAGAGUUGCGAACUGUCCAUAAUGGCCAACAUGCUUCUCAUAAAAGUUUUCACGCCCUUUCUCCGGAACGCGUCAACGUCAGCUGUCGCUGCCCAGUCUCCUCCACCAUCAACAACGACCACAACUACAUCACCUAGCGGGAUCUCAGUGGCGUAUCAAACCACAAUGCACGCGGGACAGUGCAUCGUACGCGCUGCAAACAUACUUCAAGAUCUUCGGACAAAGCUUCCAGGAAUCACGGAGGGGCACUCGAUCGCCAUCCCGAAUGCAAACACUAUCGCAAACUCGGGCACCAGCUCUCACUCCUCGACUGCAUUAGAAAUCUUGCCUGCCAUGUUCGACUUUUACCCUUUGGAAAAAGUUGUGUUUGAUGCUGUCGUCAUUUGCGCACACGCCGCUCUCGUUGCGGGUCAGGGCAAUUCGAAACGUUCGUCAUUGUCAGCUUUGGCUUUCUCUGUCGAUGGCGCACAAGGGGUGAUGGAGGACGUGAGUGUGGGGCUCAAUAUGUUAUCUGACAUGUGCGCUGGACCUGGACGCGGAGUUGGAGAGGCCCAGAAAAAGGUUAUCGGGGCCCUAUACCGGCGUCUUUCGUUGCACAGUGAUGGGACGGGGGGUCUGAACUUGCUCAAAAGGAAACACGGUGAAAUGGAAUUGGGAAACGCUUUUGCAGGUAAGUUUGCACCGGUGAUCAACUGUAUGCUGCAUACCAAAAAUCGACGAGUAGAUGCACCGCAUAAUUAUUCGACAAUGGCAAACGGAGUUGGCGGUGGCAACACCUCCCUAUCUGAUUUGGACUUCGGCCACAAUCAAAACGGUCGUCAAACUAGCAUGCAUUUCCAGCAACCUCUUGCCAAUAGUAUUGUGCUCGAUUCCCCUGGAGGAUCCUCGUCUACAACACACGUGACCUCUGUCCCGUUAAGCUCUGGACAGGCAAAUGCGCUCGCAAGCUUCCCACAAGACCAUCCGCUUCAUAACGAGCAGUCAAAGACUGAUCUUGCUUUGUCCGUGACGGCGGCCAGGCUGUCUGCAGCGGCAGCAAGGAGUGCAGAAAAAGAAUCUGGGCAGGACAAGGAAAGGGACAGGAAACAGUCAAAGAAAACACAUCCAACGGUAGGCAUCCGCGUCAGGGCUGGCAAAGAUAUACAAGCCCCUUCCCCGUCUCGAUCAAGAGGCCAGUCUGUCUCGGGUCCUCUCAUGACAUCGAUACCUCGCCCUCUGCCUUCUUCAAACGGCCCUACUGCGGAGGCGGUCUUAGCGUUCCAACAGAAGCAAAAGAUGCAGGUCAUCGAAAAUGUAGACGAUAUGCAGAGAUCCAGACCAGAAUCCUUUGGUGAUCAAAUACCACGGCCCAAUGACCAACCGCAUAGACGACGACUUGGAUCUGACCCAGACUAUCCCUUGCCAUUCGGUCAACCCUCAAACGACUCAAUACAGAGGAAGCUUUUCGGGGUUCACGAACACGACCCAGUUCAGCAACAGCAACUUUCGCCGACUCAAGUUCCCUUCACUCCUCGAAUUGUUGAUCAGGCUCACACAAUGUAUGACCAGACGCAUAACCAGGCCCCCUUCGAUGCCGGUCCUUCUUCGUCUGACGCUAUGGCAUACAACAACUCGGUUUCAAGUCCGUUUUCGAACUCUGCUGGGCCACCAUCGUCUUCUGGAUCUCCAUUCGCCACAGCCAGCGCCGCUAGCUCUGGACACCCUCCGACUCCCACGUUCAAUGGGCACCAUCCAACUCCUCCUGUUUUCGGACCCCAACCAUCAGUUCCUCAGGGUGUGAACAGCAGUCCAACAGCUUACUUCCAUUCCACGAAUACCUUUGGCAACGAGUCGUAUAGUAGUCCAUCUUCGUCAUCGCAACAUCAUCAGCCCACGCAGACGAUGUCUCUCAUGGAUAUGGGCAUGGACCAAAAUAUGGUUCCUGUAUCUGAUAACGCCGUGUACGACAAACCCCAGCAUCAGCAGCAGCAGCAAGAAAGUUUGUACGAUGUGAAGCCCAUCGCAAUGGGAGGAAAUCACGCACUGCAACAUAUGCAUGUACAACAACAGCAACAACAGACCCAGCAACAACAUCGACCACAGCAUCACCAGCCACAUAUGUCUAUGGAACCUACGCCCCACCCGUAUGGUGAGGAUAUGGACACCGCUAGACCUGGUCAGCAGCUUUCUAUCGACAUGGCUCUCUCCGCUGCAUGGCAUCCUCAGCAGCAGCAGCAACAACAACAACAAUCACGACCUCAGACCGUUCAAGGUCCUCCGACGUACUGGAGUAAUGAAUCCGAAUACAGAUUCUAUACAUGA